CCGGCCUCGAUCGCGUCAACCUAUCCAAUGCUCGCGUAGCAGGUAUGAAUGCCGAUCUGCGCUUCGAUAUUGGAGAUCGCUACUCCAUCGCCCUGCUAGUGUUCUUCAUCACUUACUGUCUGUUUGAGAUGCCAACUACGCUGUUACUGCGACCAAUCGGCCCGAAGAACCUUUUGAAUGGGCUUGCGGUGAGCUGGGGUGUCGUGAUGGUGGGCAUGGGCUUCGUAAACGACUGGCGAUUAAUCGUAGUGUGUCGCAUGCUCAUUGGGGUGUUAGAGGCAGGCUUCUUACCUUGUUGCAUGUUUUUGCUGAGUACAUGGUAUCAGCGAUUUGAGAUACAACAGCGCAUGUCAUGGUGGUACCUCAUCAAUUUAUUUGUGAGUGCGUUUGGGAAUAUACUAGCAUGGGCGAUUGUAAAAUUGGACGGCGUGCAUGGCAUUGAUGGGUGGAGGUGGAUCUUCAUUGUUGAAGGCGCGGCUACGAUAGGUAUAGCCCUCAUCGGCUACUUUCUAGUCAUCGGCUUCCCAGAUACUAUGCUUUCGAGUAAUAAGCUUCAAGGCUUCACCCAGCGCGAGCUUGAGAUUGUACUGGACCGCAUUGAUCGCGAUCGUCGCGACUCGAAACCCGACAAACUUACAUGGGCAAAAUUUCGACACCAUGUUGCGAACUGGGAACUUUGGGUGUACGGAUUCAUGUUUUUAACGUGCUCAGCUCCGAUUUAUGCUUUCGCCUACUUCAUCCAGAUCAUCCUCGGCACAAUUGUUGACACCACAGCCCUGGUCUUUCUCCUGUGCGCCCCGCCCUACCUUGUCUCCAUCUUUUGGACUGUACUAUGCGCCUACCUCGCCGACCGCACGCGCCUCCGUAUGCCAUGGAUGCUCAUAAACGCCGCCAUUACAUUCGCCGGUCUACUCACAGUCGCGUAUUCCACUAACUCAGGUGCAAGGUACUUUGGAGUAUUUUUGGGCGUGAGUGGGUGCAAUGCCAAUUUGCCCACUAUCAUUGCAUUUCAGAGUAACAAUGUGAGGAGUGAUAGCAGAAGGAGUGUGGCAAAUGGUGUGCAGUUCGUAUUUGCGGCAAUUGGGGGCAUUUACGCGAGUACCACUUUCAUGCAGAAGGAGUUUCCGACGUACAGAACAGGUGUAUGGUGUGCCGUUGCUACCCAGUUCCUGCUCAUCAUCUUGUGUGUCGUCAUGUUCUUCCAUUUCAGGAGGAAGAAUCGGGCUGCUGAUGAGAGGGGUGAGAUGAUCCAAGAGGAAGCGACCUUUAGAUAUACUUAUUAGCUAGC